CAGAGGAGCAAGAGGAGGAGGAGGAUGAGGAGGAGGAGGAGCGAGGGAAGGGAACCGACUGGCUGAGGCUCUCGGCUCUCAGUCUCUCCUCAGUGCUUCGUGGAGCAGCUUCUCUCUGUUUUUCCUCCCACUCUCGCACACACCGAGAGUGUUCCGACUCUUUUUGUGUCUGAGCUGACGAGUGCAAACGCAGAGGGGCUCACUCGCUCCAACUCCUGCCGCACCAUGCUUCCCUGGAGGAAGAACAAGUUUGUUCUAGUCGAGGAUGAAGCCAAGAAUAAACCCAAGAGCCUGGGGACCGGGCUGACCUACCAGUCCAUCCUCUCCUCUCUGCUGCGCUCCUGUCCGGACCUGCUGCCGGACUGUCCCUUCAACUGGGUGGGCAACAUCUUCCAAACCAAACGGCAAAAGGUGGAGCUGAACAAAGAGGAGCCUGUUUACAAUGUGCGCUACCUGGGAAGUGUGGUCACCAUCACGGCCAAGGGACCCGGCUGCACCCAGGAGGCAGUUGCCAAGAUCUGGGCGAGGAGCAACUACGGGGAGCAGUGUGUCAAGAUGAGGUUAACGGUGGGGCCACAAGGCAUCAGGAUGAGCGCUGACAAAUCUGGGAAAAAGAAGCCCCUUCAUCUUUACUCCCUGAACAGAAUCACCUACUGCAGCGCCGACCCGUGCCGGCCCAAGAUCCUGGCCUGGAUCUACAGGCACCAGAUCAAAAACAUGGCAGUGGUGCUUCGGUGUCACGCCGUUCUGGUCAGCAAGUCGGAGAAGGCCCAAGCCAUCUCCCACAGCCUCUACCAGAACGCCACCUCCGCCUUCAGCGAGUUCAAGCGGCUGAAGCGGCAGAGUGAUUUCCGGCACUGCCAGCAGCAGCUGCUUGGUGAGGAGGCGGUGCCCCUGAUGCCACUGAGGAGGCUGCUGAACGGGCAGUGCCACUACAGACCGCCUGCUGACAACCCCGGGAGCGCCACCCGCCUCUGCUCCAUCACAGAGGAGGAGGAGGAGGAGGAUGACGACGAGUACAGCAAAGAUAAAAAGCAGGAGGUGGAGGAGCUGUGGGAGAAACAGAGGAUUUUCACAACAAACACAGACCCGACUCAGUUACUAUCAGAGUUGGACAUCGGGGAUAUUGCCAGAUUGGAGCAGUGCCAAAUCAACUUUGUCAGCGGCAGCAACAACCACACGUUUUCCUUUAUAACCUCUCUGGUGUGACUACAACGUGGUGUAAAGAAUUCUGCCACACUACAGAAACACAUUCCUCUCUCUGCCCUUCACCGGUGCCCCGCUCAGGCUCCCUCCUGCUCUGUCCGUGUAAUGUGAAGUGUUUACCAGAAACUUCUCCGACUACCAGGAAGGAGGAGGAAAGACGUACGAUGGUUGUGUGGGAGUGAUUUCUAUUCUGGCCAGAUGGCUCAGAUGCUGGUUUGACUGUGGCAGUUUGUGGGAACGUGUUUACAAAGAGGGCUGAUGAUGCACAGACUAGCGAUAGCACAACGACGAGGACAGCGAGUGUUUUCAGGGAAACGCUGAGAUCACCGACACGCGGGUCACAUAUUGAUCGCAGCACCACGCGGGAUGUGUUUAUCAGUCCUCUGUCUCUUAUUCUCGUGAGUUUAAUCAAUGCCGUGUUUGCCAGCAGGGACGUUUUUCUAGGAUCGACUUGUGAUAUUUUUUUCAGGGAGGUUCUUUGUAAAUUUGUGUAAUUCUUUUUCUAAUAUGACAAUCCUCACCGAUGUUGUUCACCGACUGAUCCUUUUCUGGACGCUCGCAAUCGCAAGACGAAGUUUGUUACGGUUUUAUUAAUGAUCACAGCCGACUAAUGAAUAAGGCUGUAAUUUAGGAAGCAAGCCAUUGAGUGGACAUGUUUAUUGCUGCCAUUUGUUACAGUCAUUAUUUAUGCAUGACAUGUCAGCGUUAACCUUUCCCCUUUUCUGUCGUGUGAAAUCCCCGAUCCUUCUGCUUUUUAGAAUGAACACUGUGAUAAACGUGUGACCAGGGACAAACCACACAACUGUUCAUGCAGCAGUGUUUGCUCAGUGUCGUGCAUUGUUUUAAAAUUUAUAUCUAUUGCAGUGUUACCAAAAAACAAUCUCAAUUUGUCCUUUGCUUUUCAGCCAAGUUUUGCAAAUGCAAUCUUUUCCACAUGAGCCCUUUUGCAAAAACGCAGACGGACCCUGACAAGUCAACACAAUCUGUUUUGAAUACUGUUUGUGCUGCCGUCUAAAGUUGCAUUGUGACUAUCAUGAGAUGAAGCUAUUUAUUUUCCAAAUAUGAUGAUGAAUAAAAAUUAGUCUCACUGUGGGGUUUUUACUGCCUGGCUCUCGGAGGGAGGGUAUUUCUAGAUGUUAUCAAAGAGAUUAUUCAAAUGAGUCCAAACACUCGACUCUCCACCAGCGAGCAUUUGCAUGUUUGUGCUGUGAAAAUAUGUGUAACCUGCACUUCAAAGAUAAAAAAACAAAACAUA